GGAGAGCAGGUACCCUACACAACUACUAAAAUGCUCCUUCGUUUGGCCAUCAUCCUAGCUGCUACCACCAGAGGCCUUGCAGCCAUACUUGCAACUGCGACCGCGGUAGCACCCUUCGCUAGCACUAUUUUUAGCUGCUACGCGGACUACUGCCCAGACGUCGAGCUCAAGAAGGAAGCUCUCAUCUCCAUGACAUGAGACAACUGCACCGGUAUCCUCUAUUGCGAAUGGCGCUUCCCUCUCCAGCUGAUUACUGCCGCGGAGU